AUGAAAAUCCCCGACGAUAUUCAGAUCUCCACGACUCUCCCCCCGGAUGAGAUUGAGGUCCACAAGAACUUGCUCGCAAACAUUCUGACUGACUACGAGAACAAGAAUCCAUUGAUCGCCCACCAGCAUUUCGCAGAAGAUGCCACUAUAGAAAUACCAGAAGUAGGGACACUUGUCGGCCGGCAAGCCAUCGACGAGUACUUCCGCUGGACCUACCAGGGUAUUGCUGGCUUUGAGUGGUCCAUACAAUCCGUGAACAUCCUCGUCAACCAAGUCAUCUUCACCGCAGACGUAACAUGCAGCUUCGCUCAAGAGAACCAAGUUCCCUUACGCAUGUCUUGGGCGGUUUCCAUGAUUCUCGAACCUCAGACGAGAAGGAUUAAAAACAUCAGAGUGGGCGGCGACAUUUUGAGCAUGAUUGAAACAGCCUCCCUCCAUGCUGGCCCCGUGCGCGGAAUCAGUCGCCCGUGGCCAGUUAGCUUGGAUUGA